GUGAUCAAGUGGGAGCAAGCAUGAGAAGCAGACUGGGAGAGAGGCAACACCAGAGUUCGUCCUCAGAUGGGGAUGGAAGGUCCUUCUUUCUAGGAGGCUGUAUGGCCAGUUGCCUUAAAGGGGCGCAUGUUUCCAGAGAAAGAACUGGUGGCACAGCAGUCCUGAAGACCUAGGACUGGGCAGGAGGUGGACCCAGGAGGCCAUGGGGUCACCGUGGAGGGGCUUUGCACUGUGGAGGCUGGGGCUGAGGACCCGCAAAAGAACAAUCCUGCUGCUGGCCCUCUUCUGGUUUGGAACGUGGAUGUUCUUCAGUGGUGUGGUCUUUGUGCACAAGACAAUGUUCUCUGACCUCUGCACAGAUAAAAAGAGCAAGCAGAUUCUGCAGGGAGUGUGUGAGGAGUACGGGCAUGGCGUCCUGGCGGGGGACCUGUGUGAGGAGCUGUGCGUGAGCCACAGGGUGGAGUACAGACGCUGCCUGUACUACGAGCACGGCAAGAAGGUGAUGCAGGCCGACUGGCGGGGAGUGCCCAUCGUGCUGAAGUCCAAGCUGGAGAACUUCUCCUCCUACGAGGCUUUGGGUCCACUGGACUACCAGGAGGGAGCCAGCCCGUCGCCCUGGGACGCGGUCCUGUACGCCACGCUGGAGAUCAGGAGCUCCCUGGGGCUGGAGCUGGGGGGCGCCGGGGAGGCGCUCCCGGGGGGGUUCCCGCGGGCCUCCACCCGGGCCGAGCUGGCCUCCCUCUGGUCCCUGCUCCAGCAGGAGGAGUACACCUUCUUCAGGACGCUGCAGGACCUCAGCCGGCACGUGGUGAAGGUGCUGGGCUCCUGCGGGCACUUCUACGCCGUGGAGUACCUCGUCGCCGGCCGGGGCUGGAGCCAGAACCUCUUCUCACAGGAGGCACUGCUGGGCCUGGAGGGGGGUGCCGACGGCAGGUCGGGGAGGGACAUCGUGUUCCGGAUCGCCCUCAGCUUCCUCGACAUGGUGCGGCACUUUGAGAGCGACUUUCCCCACCGCCUACACCUCUGCGACAUCAAGCCUGAAAAUUUUGGGGUCCGGGGGGACCUCACGGUUGUGGCCAUCGAUGUUGACAUGGCUUUCUUUGAGCCCAAAAUGCAGAACAUUCUAGAGCAGACCUGCUCCAGCGACGAAGACUGCAACUUCUUUGACUGCAUUUCCAAAUGCGACAUGAAGGAAAACAAAUGCAGCUCUGAGCGAGUGAACAGCAACUUGCAGGUGAUCUGCAACAAAAUCUUUAGACACUGGUUCCGUCCUUUGCUUCCAGUUUCCAGGGUGGAGCUCCCCCUAGAGGUGGAAUUGCAGCGUGCGGUGCAGGAUUGUGCAGAAAUGGAUGUCGCCAAUGGUGUACACGCUCAAACUGUUCAUCUCCACCUCCAAAGCCUUCUAUCCCAGCUCCUGCAAAACGUCUCAGGACAGACGACAAGUUAUGCCCGCUGAGCUAUAAAAUACUAACACCAGCUAUCCAGCCUUCUGCUGAGUAUAGGAGUAUAGUAUAAGAUUGUGUUGAAUGCCAAUGUCUGCAUUGCCAGUUGAACAUUGGUUGGUGAAACGAUUAAGUCUUUUGGCAAGGCAAAUAAAAACAAUGUUCAGGAAUUUACUUUGAUCGAUUUAUCUCUGUUGUUUGGACUGGACUCUGGCCCUAAAGUGCCGCUUGCUGUUGUCUUUGGUUACAGGUGGGAAUAGCUGUAAUCUCUGUACCACACUGAAUGCACAUUUCUGCAUAACUUCAUGUUCUCCACACUGAUUUUUUGUGCUGUUCUACAUGCACAUAGUCUCAUAACUCAUAAGCAUAAAGAAAAAGGAAUUAUGAGUUAGAAAGAGAAGCACAAAAACAUUGAAAAUGAAGACAAUGAGAGCAUAACCUAGUUUAUGCGUGUAGGUAAAUGCACUUUGUGAAUUAAAUGCAUGAUUGUGCAUCAUGUGAAUGGCUCCUCUGAACCCUAGCAUCACCUGAAUCAUUUUAGCCCAAGGCUCAGUGCUUCUUUCCUGCUUUGACUCUUUAAUCCUGCUGGAGACCUGUCUUUCUCUAUUCGGGUCAACAGUAUCACAAGACAGGAAAGGCCUCUCCCAUUUGGAAAGGCAAAAUGUGUGAAAUAAUGGCUAUAAUUUGUGGUACAUCUUAGGGUCUUGAAUCUCCUCAUCAUAUUUGUCAGUAAUACUCUUUGAAAACGGACCACCUGUGUCAGUGCAGUUCCUUGCAUAUGCCAGACAGCUGUUGCUGCUCUGGGUUGAGAUACACAUCCCCAUAGUACCGUGGAGGAGAUUUUGGUGGUCACAUGACUGUGCAGAUGGACAUCAGUAAGGCGUGGGAAUUUUCAGCACUCUGGAAAAAUUCCUGGCAUCAGUAUAUUCUCAAGAGGAAACAGUACCUGUUUAUUUUGGAGCCCAGAGACGCAAAUGCUGAGAUUGAUAGUGCGACUCCACAGAGCCAUUUUCCUGCUGAAGUUCACGAGGAGAUUAUAGUUUGAAGUCAAAACACAUAACUGAACUGUAGUCAUGGCAGAAUGAAAACUGUAUCUGAGUGCCUACCAAGAACUCACACUGUAUAGGCAUGGACCACUACAUAAGAAGCAGUGUGAGUAUAUCUCCCUUUACAACAAACAUAAUAUCAGUAAGACAUCCCCUGCAAAAGAACCAUUUUGUAUUUGUUGGGAUAAAACUGUUUACAGCAAUUAACAUUCAUCACUCCGAUAAGCACCACAAACUCUGAGACUUAAUACUGUUACUUUAUCUAACUGCCCCUUGAUGUAAUGAUUAAUCUUGAACAGUCAAGCCAGUAAA